AUGUCACCGGAGAAGACACUCAAACCAUUCCUACCUUCUCGACCUUCCGGUCCUGUUUUCAUCGGACUCAAUAUUCUUAGGUUGUUGAGUAUCAUCGCAUUGUUAUUGGUUUUAGCUGCAAAUAUCGUUACCAUGGCGGACGACAUCAAAUCGAUCAAAGCUUCCAACGCAUCAAAUGCAGAAUCAGAAGAAGAUUGUGAAUAUUAUGAAUAUUCCUCUGUACCUGAUCAGACAGGCGGUCCAUUCUGGUCGAUCUUAAAUAGGAUUUUCAUCAUCUUCGAAUGUAUCUUGCUCACCAUGUCUGAAGUGGGUAUACCAAGAAGACUAUUCGAAGAAUGGAUACCUAUACUUGGGCCCGCUCAUGGAUUGGGUUGUCUAGGUGUUUUCCAAGCCUUGAUCGGCGCUCAAGUCUUGUCACAUUACUGCGAACUCUUCCCCCAAGUCUCGAGCUGGUUGCUGUUCAUCGUCGGUUGCUUCAACAUCUUAGCUGGUAUCUUCCUUCGAGCAGGAACCAAGAAGAAGCGACUCAUCUUUUCAUGGGAGAAUGUUUCUUCGCUUACUCCUCAAACAAGAAUGGCAGCCACCGCAUGGGACAUGAUAUCAGAAAAGAAACCUUCUUCUUCCUCUUCCUCGGCUCCUUCUGAUUCGGGUGCACCACCCUUGACUCAUUCGACUACAAGUUCUUCGGACACACCUUUAUUACCUGAAACCAAAAAUAAGACUAUUCCCGGAGCUAAAUUUGGUGGAUUUGGAUUUGGUAGACAGGGGGAGAAGCACGCUGCCGAGAGAGGUUGGAAGAUUAGUAAACCUAGUGAAGUCUUGCCUCGUUAUGCCAUCUAA